AUGAGUGAAUGGUUUCAACACCUCAGCUUCAAUAUAGUCCUAAAGAUGAUCGCAGGGAAGAAGUAUUUCAAUACUUCUGGCCAUGGAAACGAGGAAGCAAGGCGGGCCAUAGCAACAAUUCAGGAAUUCCUGUCUCUAGCGGGGGCCUUUGUUUUGUCGGAUGCCAUUCCAGGUGUAGAAUGGAUGGAUUCACAAGGGUAUUUGGGGUCGAUGAAGCGGGUGGCGAAGGAAGUGGACUCUCUUGUGGGAGGUUGGGUGGAAGAACAUGAGAUGAGGCUCAACAGCGAGGGCAGCAAGAGGCAGGAUUUAAUUGAUGUGAUGCUAUCGGUGCUUGAAGACACUUCCAUGUUUGGCCAUUCAAGGGAAACAGUCAUCAAGGCAACAGUAAUGACUCUCAUGGUGGGAGGCACUGACACUGUGGCUACAACCUCCACAUGGCUUCUGUCUGCAUUAUUAAACAAUAAACAUGCUUUGAAGCGUGCUCAAGAGGAGCUAGAUCUAAAAGUUGGUAGAGGCAGGUGGGUGGAAGAAUCGGAUAUUCCAAACCUGCAUUACCUUCAAGCCGUUAUCAAGGAAACCCUGAGGCUAUACACAGCAGCUCCUCUAUCUGUGCCACACGAAGCCAUGGAAGACUGUCAUGUUGCUGGCUACCACAUUCCAAAAGGCACCCGCUUGUUCGUGAAUGCGUGGAAGUUGCACCGUGACCCAAGUGUCUGGUCCGACCCUGAAGAUUUUCAGCCCGAGAGGUUUCUGACAAGCCAUGCAGAUUUAGAUGUUUUGGGGCAGCAUUUUGAGCUCAUCCCAUUUGGUUCUGGUAGAAGAUCUUGCCCAGGGAUCACCAUGGCCUUAAAAUUGUUACACUUGGUGAUUGGUCGGCUGCUUCAAGGGUUUGACUUAUCGACACCAUUGAACGCUCCGGUGGACAUGAGAGAAGGCCUGAGUAUUAUCUUGGCUAAGGUGACUCCUCUGGAAGUCAUGCUCACCCCACGCCUUCCUUCUCAAUUCUAUUAGUGUUGGCUGCUAUCGAUGUGAUCUCUUUGUGAUGUGGGAUUCUCUGAACCUAUAAGCAGAGACGUACAAAACC